AUGUACCAUCUCGCCAAGUCACUCUAUCUACAUGCCACAAGCAAGGAGGAAUAUUCGGUGCUCCUUCUCGGCCUAGACAACGCCGGCAAAACGACGCUGCUUUCGCAAAUAAAAGCUAUAUACCAACCAGCUGCUGAUGGCGCCCCAUCGCCCAAUGUCGGUCGCACAGUCCCGACGGUCGGCCAAAAUGUGGCCACUAUUCCGCUAAACGACAUGUACUUGAAGAUCUGGGAUGUUGGUGGACAAACUACCAUGCGAGGGCUGUGGCAAAGCUAUUACGCCAGUUGCCAUGCCAUCAUAUUUGUCGUCGACAGCACUGAUGUCGGCGGAGGAUUGGACGACUUCUCAUCGGGAGCCACUCUGUCCAGCACAGACAGUGACAAUGUCACUAGCCCACAGCACGGCCGAUUAGGCGAGUGCAAGCAAGUCUUGGAGUCGGUGCUCCAAAACGCAGAUGUGGCCGGCGUGCCGAUUUUGGUGCUUGCAAAUAAGCAGGACCGCGAGGAUUGCGUCGAGGUUGUUCGAAUCAAGGAAGGCUUCGUUCGACAGGUCUUUGAAGGCGAAAAGGGCGCGGGAGUACGCGAUAGUCGUGUGCUUCCUGUUAGUGCCUUGCUUGGGACAGGAGUGCCCGAAGCCGUCGAAUGGGUUCAAAGUCGAGUGAAAUGGAACAAAGAGGGCCGGCCGCCACUGAUGCGAUAA